CGUCAGUAAGAACCCCGAGACUGACUAUAAAGUUCAAACCGGCAACAUUUUUAUAUUGACUAUUUUCGAUUACUUACAUUAUGUUUAAUUGGAAUAAAGGUUAACCAUUAGUGUAGCACUCAACUAAAUUUUUUAUUGAAAUGCGCGGGUUUUGAAAAGUAGUUUUCCAGUGCAAAGUAAUAUGAGGUAUAAAGAUAAGACAUAAGUUAUAAAUUAAGAACCGAAAAAAAUAAUUUUCCUUUUUCGGGUGCAACUACUUCUUCUUCAAGUGUGAUCCUCAAUUCUGUGCUGCCUUUUUAUUUUUUAUUUUAUUUCGUUGUUUAGUCGACUCAAAAAAAUGAAAUUUUAUCAUGUUCUCAUCGACUGCAAUGCAUAUCAAUGAUUAACUGUUAAUAUUAACUGAUGACUAUGGCGUCCUAUUAUUGGGAUGAUUCAAAUAAUUUAUUAAAAUUUAGAUAAAAACUAAUAUGGCAAUCAACAAAAAAUCUUUUCAAACCUACAAAUUAUCCAGAAUAUAACUCGAAUGGUUUUUAUUAUUGCCGUUAAUUUUUUAUAUUAAGUUCUUAAUCUAUUGUAAAUAAGUAAAUAAAUAAUUUUUCGCGUGUGAUAUCUGUGUUACUACUUGAUUUAGUGAUUUUUUAUAUUUAUUAAGAUCCAACGUAAUUCUAAACUUGAGCGGAGUAAUCAAUAUCAGUAAUUCGCUGCUAUCAAGAUGUAAUUGAAAUAAGUUUAACAAAAAAAAUAAUAAUUUAAAAACGUCAUGCGUAUAAAUAUGCAUUAUUCCUGGAUUUUGUUAAUAAUACUGAUUGUACGAGCUUGGAGUUUUUUAUUAGAGGGAUCGUCCACUAGUUAUGCGCAAUUUUGUAAAUGGAAUGCCGCAGUGAAUGCUACGUUAGAAUUAGAGUUUAAAACCAACCAAGGAAGUGGCCUCUUGUUGUAUACCGACGACGGUGGGACAUAUGACUUUUUCGAAAUAAAAUUAGUGGAGGGUGCGGUGAGGCUUAGGUAUAAUCUCGGUGGAGGUGCCCAAAUAGUCACUGUUGGACAUGACUUCGGUGAUGGCCAGUGGCACAAGGUGCAAAUCCUUAGAGACAAUGAAAAUACUACUCUUAUAGUAGAUAGUUUUAGUGGGACUUCGACGUCAAGGGGAAAGGAAUUUCAGUUUGGAAAAUUGACUAGUAAUUCGGAUGUUUACAUUGGUGGUAUGCCUAGUUGGUACAAUAGCAAACUGACGUUACUUGCAUUACCUAGUGUUAUAUUUGAACCGAGAUUUAGAGGGUCAAUAAGGAACCUUAUUUAUGCUAAUGAUGACAAUGUGAUAUCAAGGCGACAAGAAAUCAUACCUCGUUAUCCUCGAGGAAUUCGUUAUAUGAAUUUGAGAAAUUCAACUGAUGUAUGUGAAAACAAUUCUCCUUGUCAACAUGAUGGGAUUUGCAUAUCAACAGACUCUGGCCCUAUUUGCGAGUGUCGAAACGGCGAGUUCGAAGGCCAAUAUUGUGAAAAAGAUAAAAUUCCUGCUGAAGCAUCAUUUAGAGGAGGCGAUUUCUUGAAAAUCGACUUGAGUAAUGGGGACCCUAUUUACAGUAUUGAAGAAACUGUUUCGAUUCAGUUCAAAACUCGUCAGCAUAAUGGACUGUUGUUUUACUCAGGCCAAAAAAGUGACUAUCUAACGAUAUCACUUCGAGAUGGCGGAGCGGCAGUCGAGAUGGUGUUAACGAAUGGCAGAUUGGAUCUUCACAUUAAACCGAUGAAAACGAGGUUCGAUGAUAAUCAAUGGCACAAAAUUCUCAUUCAAAGGCGCGUUCAAGAAAUUUCGUCUAUAACGAGGUUUUGCAAGCUGUCAGCAAUCGUGGACGGGAUUUAUGCAGACCAUGCACAUACAGCCGGUUCAUUUACCCAUUUAUCAAGUUCCCAAUUGCUAGUCGGUGGAAGUGACGAUGCUCAUUCUGUUCAAGGCAUUAAAGGAAUGACGAAUUUUGUUGGAUGUCUUCGGAAGGUAUUCUUUAAAACCGAUAACAUCGAGAUGGAAUUAAUUGAAGCAGCUAAGCAUGGCUUGCCGAAAGUAACUGUUUGGGGCAGACUCGAAUUUCAUUGUCGAGAACCAAAGUCCGAUCCUAUAACCUUUACAACGAGGGACUCACAUCUUGUGUUGCCUCCAUGGAAAAGUUCGAAAUCUGGAAGUAUAUCAUUCAAGAUUAGAACGAACGAACCGGAUGGUGUGGUCAUGUACAGUCAAAGUGGGACCUCAUCACGUACAGACCUAUUCGGAUUUGAACUACUAGAUGGUCAUUUGUACUUACAUAUCGAUCUUGGAAGUGGGUAUAUGAAAAUAAAAGCAUCUAAACAUCGAGUAAAUAAUAGCGUUUGGCAUAAUGUAACACUACAUCGAGUUGAUCGUAAUGGAAGAGUAUCUGUCGAUGGAGAAACCAGUGAAUUCGAAACACCAGGUGAUGCUACACAGCUUGAUUUGGAUGGCCUAUUUUACCUUGGUGGAAUUGGUGUGCCAUUUUCUUCUGCAACUAUACCACCUGUAUUUUGGAGCACUGCUUUUCGACAAGGAUUCGUAGGGUGUAUGCGGGAUUUAGUUAUGAGUGGACAGUCGAUAGAUAUCGCUGGAUAUGCGCAACAACAAGAUUCUGGGGCAGUCAGACCAGCUUGUCAUGUCCAGGCUGCUUUCUGCUCAUCCCAACCUUGCAUGCAUGGUGGUGAAUGUAUCGAAGGGUGGAAUAGAUUCUAUUGUGAUUGCACUUUUACUGACUUCAUUGGAGCGACAUGCAGUAAAGAUGCGUCGAUAUUACAUUUAAAUGGAAGUCAACAAAUGACUAUUCUGAUGCCGGAAGAUUCAAAAACGCAAGCGGAAGAAAUUUCUGUGCGGUUUCGGACGUCUCAACAAAACGGACUAUUGUUAGCUACAAGUUUAGAAACUUCCUCGGAUUGCUUGCAGAUAUUUUUAGAUCAAGGAAUUGCAAAAUUACGGAUUUCUAUACAAAAUCAAGAAAAGAUAUUGCAAUCUGGACAAGAUUUAAACGAUAAUAAUUGGCAUAACAUAAAAUUCUCCAGAAGAGCUACUUCAAUCAGCUUUUCAAUAGAUAAAAAUCUUCCUAUUCAAGUUGAAACACCAUUUCAAAAUAACGCCAUUUUGGAAUUCCGAUCUAUCCAUCUUGGUGGUUAUCUACACACUGGUCCGCAGAUUGCCCACUUUAGUGGAUAUCUCAAACAGUUCUGGUUUAAUGGGAGUCCCUAUAUUGAACUUGCUAGGAACUCCGGAACUCGUGACUAUGUCCAUCAAGGUAUCACGCCUAUCAUCAGGGUGACUGGAAAAUUUGAAAAACGAGUUCACCGAGUUCUUCGCCCAGUUGCAUUCACGUCAAAGCACACAUUUUUAGGACUACCUAUCCUAAAAGCGUACGUUGAAACAAACGUAUACUUCCAGUUUAGAACGAAGGAAGCGAAUGGACUGAUUCUAUUUAAUGCUGGGAAAGGGAAAGAUUUCAUUGCUAUUGAGCUCCUGGAUGGUCACGUUCAUUAUAUAGUCGACCUUGGAGACGGAGUUCUUCGCAUUAGGGAUUCAGCUAAAUCAAGGCUUAAUGAUGGGAAAUGGCAUUCAGUCACUGUGAGUCGACCGGCGCCAAAAAAACAUACCUUAGUAGUUGAUGACAAUGCUACGAUGACACUUAGUCAAGGAAGCAAUGAAAAUUUGGACCUGGAUGGGAUACUUUACAUUGGGGGCGUCGAAAAAACACAAUAUACCCAACUUUCAAAAUUUAUUUUGAGUCGUCACGGGUUCCAAGGUUGCUUAGCUUCUUUUGAACUCAGUGGUCAAAGUGUUGACCUCGUUACUGAUGCAAUCGUAACAAGCUCCCUAGUCGAACCUGGAUGUACAGACGACAACAAUGGGCAUGUUAUUAAAAAGUGCCAUUACGAAAUCUGUUCAAAUCGUGGCCGAUGUAUUCAAAGGUUCGACAGUUAUAUGUGUGACUGUGAUAUGACGAGCUUUAGUGGGCCAACUUGCAGCGAUGAAGGAGUCGCUUAUGAAUUUGGGUCCGGCAAAGGAAUCAUCACAUAUAUUCUUCCUAAUAGUCAUAAAUUGAAAUCAACCAAAAAUAUAAUAGCUUUGGGAUUCGUAACAAGUGUUAAUGAUGCUGUUAUACUGCGAGUCGAAUCGUCAAAUAAUGAUGAAUAUCUUGAAAUAGAAAUUGUGGAGGGUAAUAUAUUUGUCGUUUACAACAUCGGUACAAAUGAUCACGCUAUUGGUGAAGUAGGCGUAAAAAUCAACGACAAUCAAUAUCAUGUUGUGCGGUUUACCAGGAACGGCUCCAACAGUACUCUUCAAGUAGAUGAUUAUGACAUUCAAUCAAGUUACUACUCUGAUUUUAAAUCAAUGGUCCAUGAUGGUCAAUCGAUUAUCCAUGUUGGAGGCAGGUGGAAUAAAAGUAAAGGAAAAAUCGAAAGAGCUUUCUUAGGGGUUAUUUCAGGGCUUGUUAUAAAUGGCGCCCGAAUAUUUGAAUUUAAGGCGGGAAGAAAAAAUGGACUCGUGUCUUCUCUACGAGGAGAUGUUCAACAACUACCACCAGGAAGUCUUCAAGAUAAGAUCUCACCUUUACAGCGGAUGCAGCAGACACCAGCAUCUGGGUUUCCGGGCGUAGUAGAUGAUCUUAUAUUCUCUGGAGCUGGAAGUGGGUGCGUAGGCGAUGAUGAAGAUGAUGGCUGUAUUCCUAUCUAUGACCCUAAUUCAGAUGAUUUGAUCACUCCUGUGUAUAUCGCACCAACAAAAUCGCCAAUCCACCUUAAACCAAAGACGAAAGAUAACAGUCGCAACCAUGCUUCAUGUGAUGAUGAAGAAGAUUGUUCCGAAGGAUCGGGUGAUUCGAGUACUAUGGGAGUUUACGUGACCGCUGUUCCUGAAUUAAGUUCAUCGAUUUUCACGACUCAAGAAGAAAUCUUCACCAGUCAAAAUGAUACAUUGACAUCUACCGAAAUAGCUACAAUUACAAAGUAUUCAAUGACAACUUUUGUUUAUGCCAAUGUGUCGAGUACAGAGAAGGAAAUAAUCAUAUACAGCACAUCAACUCCAUUUCCUGAAACGACGACUCCAAUUAUUCAGUCUCCGAAGGAGGAUGAUCAAUCAUCAUAUCAAUCAGAAACUUAUCCACCAGUUCCAACCCCGCCUAAAACAAAAGAGUUACCAAAAGUACCAGCCAUUCAUUCGGAUGCCGCAAAAAAUGCUGCUCUGAUUAUCGCCAUAAUUGCGGGAGCUCUUAUCGCUAUAGUCCUUAUAAUUUUAUUAAUAUUGAAGUUCAAAAAUCGUCCAGAAACUAGCUAUAAAAUAGACGAAACAAAAAUUUUCUGCCAAGACCCUAAUUCUGCGCUUUUAAGUGGAACGAACAAUGACCAUCACUUUGGCUCCGCCUCAAAAACGAAUUCAAAUAUUAGUAAAAACGGAAGAAAGCGAGAAAUGAAAGAUAUCAAAGAAUGGUACGUGUAACAAUGUGAGAAUAAAAAAUAUCUGAGAUUAACUAAUAUUCAUUUGUACUCUUAGCUAUGAUUGUAAAAACCUGUUUAUUGACCUAUAGAUAAUGGAUUGGUAAAUAAAUAAAAAAUUGAACGUUUCUAACUUAUGUGCAAUAUUAAAUUCCACACUUUUAAGCAGACCGACAUUUUUUGUCUGUCUUUUCUCUAAUAUACCCAUGUAACAAUUUCCAUCACAAGUUGCUGAUCAAGACAUUGAUCACAAGAAUCUUUUGAUAGGAACUACAGUAAAGUCUCUAUAACUUUUUAGUUCUGUAACUUUGACUUCCCUUCAUUUCUCCUCCGACAGCAGGGGAAGUGUUCUCCCACUCUGUCCUUCAACUGUACAUGCGCAAAGGUAAAGUGCGAUUCUGCGCAUAAACUGAGUAUUCUAACCCUACAUUUGGGUACAUAAAUAAACAUUUAAGUUAAAUAAGCUUUAAUAUUGUGAAAAUCAUUAAAAAAAAAAAAACUUAUUACUUGAUGGAAAAUGAGUUUCACUGGAAAAAUUAAUUUUCUAUUUAAGAAGUUUAACAACAAUAAAAUUGACAUAUUAAUUUUGGAAAAGACCUAACCUUUAAAAUUUAAAAACUCGUGGGUCGUUUCGACUGAUAUUAAUGCAAGAUUCUAAGACAAGGUUGUUGCAGGAUUUGCACAUGAUAUUUGUACAAAAGAACAUUGACUCACAUCCACGAAGUGGAUAUCGAGAAUCGGACUGAUACCAAUAACCUCUCUAUCAAUAAACUGUUUUUUUUCUUUCUGAAAUGCGAAAU